GAUUUUUUUAUAUAUGAAAGAAAGAAAGAGGAUGAGAAGGAAUUUAUUGACAGGUAAACUAUUUUCGACCAAUUCUAUGUAUGACAAGAGCUUAGUUAAUGAGGAGAAUAAGCGUCAUCAGCCGGUUAGCCUGCUUAGCUUGCAGCUACAAUAUUCGUCGUCAAAAAAGAGAGAAGAAUCAAGUCUGGGCUUUGUACCAAAGAAGGCCAAUGAAGGAAGAUAAGAAAAUUCCAAAAUUUACAUAUAUGUUUUUUUUUUUCUUAGGUGUAUUGGGGUAAUAAAUGAGUAUGUAUUAGGAGAGGGAUUCUAAUCGAUGAUGUCGUUCCUCAACCUUAUUAUAAGCGGAUUACUAAGGGCCAUACCCCUGCAAGUCAUAGGAUCCACAGGUGAUAGGGUCCCCGACGCCAGCAGCGGAUCGAGCGGCGCCGAGUUUUUCGUCGCGGAGCUCGAGCUCCAAUCCUUUUCCUCCUCCACCUCCUGUCCCGCCAACCCUCAAUCUCCAAUUAUCACAAAUCACCCCGUCCCGUCACAUACCCCUUCUCCUACCCAAUUACCCGAGCCUCCCGAACCUGCAUUACCUUACGCUGGAAGGAGAAUUACGUCACCGUCCCUAUCAGUUCUGCAUCCAAUUGAUUCCGUCAGUUCGUUCGCGAGCGGAAGCAAUAUCACCGGUAGCGGCAGUGCAAGCGACAGUAGGACUACUAAUAGUUCGAGAGGGAGGAAGAGAGGAAAACCCGGCCGGCCCAACCGUAAUGACACGGUAGGCCAAAACACAGCAAAACAGCAACGGGAGAGCGACCUCUGCUGGAGGGGGUAUUGGGGGUGAAGUGAAAUAAAAAUAAAGACCUAACCUACCUACCCUACCUACCUUGGGUACCUGUCAAAACUUGGUUUUCCCAAGCCAAGCCAAGCAAAGUAAAACAAAGCAAAGCAAAGCUAUGGCAUCCCAACCCCCAACCAACCCCCUGACACAACACCGCCG